GACGUUUUCCAAGCCUCUGAAAUCGAAGUCGUUGUACUUGUCUGAACCUAUCGUAAAUUCAGUUUCGUUGUUCGUCACAAUCUGUCUUCCACAUAGCCAUAGCUUUGCAGUUGUGUAUAGGAUACAGCUUAUUUUACCUAGAAUGGCUGGUCGAUUACUUUGGACGCGGUGUGCUUGCCGAGCCGUUCACUCAGCACAUACAGCGCCAACUACAUCAUCGACAAGGACAAUACAAGCUAGGUCAGCAAUGGGGUUCCCUGGUAUACCCAGCCUUCCCAGCUUCUUUCCGAGCGGACAGAAAGAGAUUCACUUCUCAGAACAGAAAAUUCUUGGGUACACACCCGAACAAGUCUACUCAGUUGUGUCCAACGUGAACAGCUACUGUCACUUUGUACCUUGGUGUCGUGCAUCGAAAGUCUUAUCACACUCCGGAGCAACUGGUACAGCUGAGCUCGUCGUGGGCUUCCCACCAGUCUUAGAGAAAUACACGUCGCAAUUAACACUGAAGGAGCCAUCCUUGGUUAAGGCUGUUUCUGCAGAUUCACGGCUCUUCAAGAGUUUAGAAAGCACGUGGCAUAUUAGUGCUUCUCCAAGUGGUUCUACAAAGCAUGCUCACAUUCACUUUGAGAUUUCUUUUGAGUUUGUGUCUUCGUUCCACUCUAACCUUUCUCGGCUGUUCUUCGAUGAAGUAGCGAAGCAGAUGGUGUCUGCAUUCGAGAAGAGGCUGGCACGCGUAUAUGGUCCAAGUUUGCUCCCUCCCUCAACUAAAGAAACAAAAUUAUAAUGGUACUAAUAUCAAUAACAAGUCAUAAUAUGCCUGACUAGGUAGUAUCUCACAUAUAUUAUCACAGCAAAACUUUUCAAUAAUCAAUAUUGCUCUGAAACCUGAAACUUGAGACAUUGAGCCACCGCCGUUUAAUAAUUAUUUAUGUGCGAACACGAUUCACGAAACGCCACGAUUUACAUCACACGCAAAUUCUAUGGUAUUAAUAGGUGUUUUUCUUUUGCUUGAUCUUUGUUUGACGGUAGUUGUCCAUGUGUACUCGUAUCUAUAUCUGUGUGUUCUCAUGUAUCUAACUCAUACUAAGUCUUUGAGGUAAGAGUGAGGCACACUUUCUCAAGUCAUGCCACCAGUUGCAGUGGCUUUCUUAUUUAUCUGUCUUGUCUGUACGGCGUGUGCAUGUAUGUCUAUUUUUCUCAAAUACACCUCUGCAAAUCCUCCUGUGCUUUUCCCCUUUUGUUUUUUUCUUAUUCUUUUUCUACUUCCGGUACAUGUUGUAGCUUUCUUAGACACUGAAUACUGUUUGCUUUUUUUUCUUCUUCUUUUUUUCCGAUAAGCACUCGUACAACUGACAUCAUGACCGUACUUUUGUUGGCUCUAUUGGUGUUGCCGGAUCGAGUCAACAGCAAUGAUAGCAGAAUGGCUUUCACUUAUUUAGUUCGCUUUGCCUGCUCUGCCAGGCUAUUAUGUUAUGUUAUUGUUGUAGUAGAAUAUUUAAUAUCAUUAUUCACCUCAGUCCUGGUAUGCUCAUACUGUGCGCAUAUUAUGGCUCACUGCGCCCGUAUGAUUCUUACUGUAUGGGGUGAAGAUAAGUGAAAAUUGGUCACUUAUUACCUAUGAAUGACAUAGGUUGUCAGUUGACGAUCAAGUGA